AUGAAGAAAGGUGAGGAUUCUAUGCGAGUUUACCUUACUCGAAUUAAGGAAAUUUGUGAUUCGCUUGCAUCUUGUGGAAGUCUGGUGUCUCAAGUUGAACAUGUCGUGAGCAUUCUUAAAGGUCUUCCGCGAGAAUACCAGCCGUUCAUGGCUAUAAUUACCAUUACACGAGAAACUCUAUCUUUGGAUCAGAUUUGCUCGAUGCUUGUUGAUGCAGAAACGCAGAUUGCUGGUUUUGAUGCCCAGCCUGAGGAUCUUCCGAUGAGUGCUCAUAUUGCUCAAGGAAGAGUAGCGGCUGGCUCGUCUGAGGCACCGCGUGCUGGUCGUUCCAAUAGGCGUGGUCGAGGUCGUACAAGAAUUCAAUGCCCGUUAUGUGGUAGAAAUGGUCAUUUUGUCGAUCGGUGUUGGUAUCGCUUCGAUCGAGACUUCCCUGGAGUCAAUGCCAAUUCUAGUUCAACACGAGCUACAAAUGCUUUCAAUAUGCUAAUUGUGCAACACUCGACUCAUCAGGAUGCUCGUGUUGCAAUACUAAGCAGCAGCCCUCUUCGAGGUACAAGCAACAACUGGUCUCUCUACGCGAGGGUACAAGCAACAACUGGUCUCUCCACGCGCUCUAAUGAGUCUUCACAUGCACAUGUUGAUGGUGCUGACUCCAGCAUUCCGAGUGAAGGUGACCCUACUCCUUAA